CUCUCUCUCUCUCUCUCUCUAUAUUAAUCAUUAUUAAACUGGUCUAUAUAUAACUUGGGAAGAGUUGGGAAAUCAAGAAAGAUUGGCAGACACUAACGAGUGUGUGUUCCAUCCAUUGAGGGUUUGUCUUUUUUUACUCCUUCUCAAAGCCUCCUCCAUCGCCUUCCAAUUCCUCCCCCUCAAUAUUUAUAUUCCCACCACACUCCCCCUUACCCUCUCAUCUCCAUCUCCCUCCCUCCUUCCCUCCCUCUCUCAACCAUGGAAGCCGCCGCCACCGCCGCUGAGGAAGCCUUCUCGGGGCCCAGGGACUACGCCGGACGCAUUGCCAAGCGCAAGCGGACGAAGAGGCAGAGGGUGCAGUCCCCGUACCGUUUCGGGAUCGCCAGUUCGCCAAGCGACAACGAUGAUAGCAGCCGCGACCACAUCGUUGUCAACAACAACAGCCAUGCCAUCGUCGGCGCCAACAAUCACAAUUUCUCUCCAGCAUCCUCAACCGAAGUUGAAGGGAUGAGCACCUUGGAGGAGGAGGAAGACAUGGCCAAUUGCCUAAUCCUCCUGGCCCAGGGCCAUUCUAAAUUGCCCCAAAAGCAAGCAAUAUUGGAGCAAGAUGUUGCAGACCUCAAAUUCAAUAGCAAGAGGUACUUGGAAGCAUCCACAGGCGGAGGGAACAAGAUUGGGUAUUAUGUGUAUGAGUGCAAGACUUGUAGCCGAACUUUCCCUUCCUUCCAAGCUCUAGGAGGCCACCGCGCGAGCCACAAGAAGCCUAACAAGGCCACGGCCGAAGACAAGAAGCCUCAACAUCAAUUCGGGACGUCGUCAUCAGAGGAAGAGGAGUCAGCACAAUUUAAGCGCCACAAUGUCACGUCGUCAGCUCUCUCUCUUCAAUUGAGCGGUCAGAACGUGUUAUUCGGGAGCAGCUUCAGUAAUAAGCACCCGAAGGUCCAUGAGUGCUCAAUUUGUGGGGCCGAGUUCGCGUCAGGCCAAGCCCUAGGCGGUCACAUGAGGCGGCACCGAACUCCAGCAGGGACGAACAUGGGGUUGUCCCUAAAUCCGAUGACCUCUGAGUCCGAGGAAUCACCGGCGAGGGCUAGGAACAACGCCGUGUCCUUGGAUUUGGAUCUCAAUCUACCAGCCCCCGACGAAGAUGACCACAAUGAUCAUAGGUUUCCCUUGAGCUCGAAGAAACAAAAGCAACAACAAGAACAGCAAGAAAACCGAUCGAGGCUCGUGUUUUCGGUCCCAGCUCUGGUGGAUUGUCGCUACUAAGAAGUGGGACGUCAUGGGCAAGGCCUUGUUGUGAGAGAGAGAGAGAGAAAGAGAGAGAGCUUUCUUGUGAAUGCAAAAGACUGAAAAAAACAAAUCGAAGCCACGACUUUAGGUUCGUGGUGGCGGUGACAAGCGAA